AUGGCGUUGAAUAUCGCGUGCCACGAAAUUUCCUCGAAUCUUGGGCAUGCCGCAACUUUCCAAGCCAUUUCGCCGUAUAUUAACGCUUUCGCAGUCGGCACUUUGGUCUAUGUUGGCGUUACCGAGAUUGUGCCGGAAGUUUUCGUUGAUACUGGUCGUUUUUGGAAAUCCCUCUUCAAAUUCGGUGUCAUGGCAGCCGCAGGCAGCGCGUUGAUGUGGUUUUUAGCCACGUUUCACGAUUGCUCCGGAGUAUUGUCGGUUAGCGAUUCAGGUGAAGGCAAAGUGGAGUUCUCAGCUGCUACGCUGGCUAAAAAUGCAAGAAACACUAGUAGUAUAUUCAGUGGACGAUCGACUAUCAGGUUAAUUUCUAGUCAACAUCAACAUGGAGGUAAUGGAGGUGAUCAAGAUGGAGGUAAUUCUGGAGGUGGUGCAUCAGUGAGUCCCCUAAGAACUUCUGGAUUACGUCGAACGACUGAAAAUCAUGAUCACGACCAUGGAGAUGA